UUGCAGUGUCCAACGAACUCAAAAGCCCAACAAAUCUCAAAGCCUUUUUAUUACUUUUUUCCCAAAUCCGCAGAUUCUUCUUCUUCAGCUUUGUAUUUCUUCUCCUACAGAGAGAGACAGCGAGAGAAAGAUCGAUUCUGUCUUUAUACAGACAUUAUCUCCCACUCAUUCUCUGUGUCGCUUGAAGCAGCAAGAGAGAGAGAGAGACUGACAGAGACAGAGUUAAAUGCGAAUUUAUGGGUUUGAUCUAUACAGAUCUGUGUACCCUAAUUUAUGUCUCUGGCGUAACGGUCAUAUUUAACCCCAUUUCAAUUUGAGCUCUUCAUCGCUGCGUUUCUGUGAUCUCGGAGCUCUUCCAAGUGGUUCGAGUAGUGUCAAAAGAGAAGGUGAGAGAUGCUGACGUGUAUAGCUUGCACGAAGCAGCUUAACACCAACAAUGGCGGAUCUACUCGAGAAGAAGAUGAAGAACACGGAGUUAUUGGUACCCCUAGGACUAAGCAAGCGAUUAAAUCACUGACGUCACAGCUAAAAGACAUGGCAGUAAAGGCUUCAGGGGCAUACAAAAACUGCAAACCGUGUUCUGGGACAACAAACCGGAAUCAGAAUCGAAACUAUGCUGAUUCGGAUGCUGCUUCAGAUUCUGGAAGAUUCCAUUAUUCAUACCAGAGAGCUGGGACUGCAACCUCAACUCCUAAGAUUUGGGGGAAUGAAAUGGAGUCAAGGUUAAAAGGGAUUUCUAGUGAAGAAGGUACACCUACGUCUAUGAGUGGUCGAACAGAAUCCAUAGUGUUCAUGGAGGAUGAUGAGGUCAAGGAAUGGGUUGCUCAAGUGGAGCCUGGUGUUCUCAUCACAUUUGUGUCAUUGCCUCAGGGAGGGAAUGAUCUUAAGAGAAUUCGGUUCAGUCGUGAGAUGUUUAAUAAAUGGCAAGCUCAAAAAUGGUGGGUGGAGAAUUUCGAGAAGGUCAUGGAGUUAUACAACGUGCAGUUCAAUCAGCAGAGCGUACCGCUUCAAACUCCUCCUGUAUCUGAAGAUGGGGGCUCACAAAUACAGUCCGUGAAGGACAGUCCUGUAACUCCACCGCUGGAAAGAGAGCGACCUCACCGCAAUAUUCCAGGCUCUUCUGGUUUUGCUUCAACCCCAAAGCUCUCUAGCAUCAGCGGAACCAAGACUGAAACAUCAUCUAUCGAUGGUUCUGCUAGAAGUAGCUCGGUAGAUCGAUCCGAGGAGGUCUCAGUGAGUAACGCAAGUGACAUGGAAAGUGAAUGGGUAGAACAAGAUGAGCCUGGUAUCUAUAUUACUAUCAGAGCUUUACCAGAUGGAAAUCGCGAGCUUAGGCGAGUUCGAUUCAGCCGAGACAAGUUUGGGGAAACACAUGCGAGGUUAUGGUGGGAACAAAACAGAGCGCGUAUACAACAGCAAUACUUGUGACUUGAUGAUAGAUUUACUUAAGUGGAGCAGCUAUUAGACAAAGAACAACAACAGAAGACUUUUAUUAACAACAGAAGACUUUUCGGUUUCAUUUUUUAGUUAUAACUUGAUUACUUGAACAAAUGCUAAACAAAGACUUUCUUCUCAAUUUUAUUGCUUCUUGUUAGAUUUAAUUAGAUAGAUCGAUAUUCAGCAAUUCAUUUCUGAUUUGAUAAUUUAUGGAAUACCAUAAUGCCCCUGCAUCUCUACAACUCCAAUGUUGCAACAGCCACAGGCGCCGAUGGCACAGAUUUAUUCACAGGUUCAUGUUUCACAUUUUCCCAAUGGUAUGCCAUAUCGUCAGUUCCUCUCUCCAGUCUAUGUCCCCCGAAUCCCCAUGCAGUAUAUGCUCACCCUUUAAAUGGCAAUAGCUAUGUGCUGAUGCCUGGAGGCAGUUCUCAUCCCAGCGCAAAUGGACUCAAAUAUGGAAUCCAGCCAUUCAAGCAAGUCUCUACAGGGGGCCCAACGG